GCUGGUAUAAAGCUAAUUACAGCAUGGCUGAGAAGUUAGACUGGGGCCGAGGAAUGGGCUGUGACUUUGUCAGGAGGAGCUGUAAAUCUGGAUUGAUCAGCAGAGACAAAUAGAGACAGAUGCUGAGCCCUUACUGUAACACGCUCAGAAGUAAUCCAUUGCAGUUAACUUGCAGACAGGACCAGAGAGCAGUUGCAGUGUGUAAUUUGCAGAAGUUUCCGAAACCUUUACCUCAGGAGUACCAGUACUUCGAUGAACUCAGUGGAGUACCUGCAGAAGAUCUGCCUUAUUACGGUGGUUCAGUAGAAAUUGCUGACUACUGCCCUUUCAGUCAGGAAUUCAGUUGGCAUUUAAGUGGUGAAUAUCAGCGCAGCUCAGAUUGUAGAGUAUUGGAAAAUCAACCAGACCUUUUUAAAAACUAUGGUGCUGAAAAGUAUGGACCUCAUUCAGUGUGUCUAAUUCAGAAAUCAGCAUUUGUCAUGGAAAAGUGUGAAAGGAAGCUGAGUUACCCGGACUGGGGGAGUGGAUGCUAUCAGGUUUCUUGUUCUCCACAAGGUCUGAAGGUUUGGGUUCAGGAUACUUCAUAUUUGUGUAGUCGGGCCGGGCAGGUCCUCCCCGUCAGUAUUCAGAUGAAUGGCUGGAUUCACGAUGGAAACUUGCUCUGCCCAUCAUGUUGGGACUUCUGUGAGCUCUGUCCCCCAGAAACAGAUCCUCCAACUACUAACUUGACCCGAGCUCUACCCCUAGAUCUCUGUUCCUGUUCCUCUAGCCCGGUGGUUACCCUUUGGCUUCUGCUAGGCAAUCUAUUUCCUCUGCUGGCUGGAUUUCUUCUGUGCGUAUGGCAUUAGGAACGGAAAAGUGAAUUCUGAAGACAUUCCUUUGUGUCAUGUUCCUCUGAACAAAGCACAAAAUCUGGGCGAGUUCCAGCCUAUGCAGAUGGCUGAAGUGGCAUUCCUGACUUUGGCUUGGAAGUGUUGACCACAAUCAGAUCUUGAAGCAGAGCUUCACAGCAGUCAUUCCUCAUCAGCAACCCAACAGCCUCAAAGUUUGGAGAAGGAGGAGGAAUUCCAAAUCACCAAGUCUCUUUAUUUUUCAGGAUAAAUACUCUUCUUGAAGUUUUCCUUUGAAAAUGGGAUAAUAGGUGAAAAUUUCAGUUAUUACAUACCUCAGCAUUUUCAUUAACCUAAAACAAUGGGAAAGUUCAUCACUGCUGCAAUAAUUUAAAGAACAGCUAAUCAUUGCAAGUUUAUAAGUUGUGGACCCUGUCCUCAAAAGUAUAAAUUGUCCUUUGACUUACAGAAAAUAACUUGAAUUGGGAUUUCUACAUCACUAUUAUACCUAUUUUGAAUUUAAUGACUGUAUAUGGUACACCUAAGUCAUUGUUCUCAUUGUUUUUUUUUUUAAUUAUGUUUUGCUAAAUCUUAUGAUUUAACCAUGCUAGCCUUUUCAAACCAGCUGUGUGGCAGUUUCCUGCUGAACCAUUAGGUGUUGGGUAGCUGUAUCUGUACUCAUUGAUCUUCAGAGAGUAGCUUCCAGUUGUAUUCUCCAUUAGUUUAAUAAUGACUUGAAAAACUGGGAAGCAGAGAGAGAAAAAUACUCUGCCCUGUGAAAACAUUGAAGACAUGCAAAUAAAAGAAAACCUAAUUGUAUGUUUUUCAGAUAAUAGUUAUGACAACUGCAAUCCAACAAAAAUAGAACUUUCCUUUUUGACCAAUGAAGAUAAAAAGAAAUUCUGGUAUAGACAGGUAUGCAGUUAUUUUCAAGUGGGCUUAGGAAUUGUUACAGAAGAAUUUGACUAUCUGAAAAUUAUUUUAUGUGUAAGAAGAAAAGAUAUAAGUCAAAACAAGAUGGUCUGAAUUGUUUAUAGGAAAGUGUAGGUUUGGUGUAGGGCCUAUCCAAUAGGGUCCACUUUACCACACAGGGUAUGGCUUAGUCCACAGAAGUCAGAAAGUUGCCUUUGCUUUAAAAGGAGGUAAUGUCCUUUACCUCUUGUAUUUGACACUCUUUCUGUCACCCGUAGAUUCUGGUCCCCAGAAGCAAUUCUGCUCUUGUACUAGAGCUGACCAACCCUACUUAGUAAACCCAAUUUGAAAAUCUUUAAUGAUGAAUGAUGCCCAGUUUUUCUCUCUAAAGCUAAUGAAGUCCUGUGGCAUUAGAAACAUAGCCCUUGGACAUGCAUUCAUUCAUUCAUUCAUUCAUUCACUGGUUGGCCCUUUAAUUCAGCAUACAGUUAUUGAGCACUCAGUUUAAGAACUUGUGCUAAGUGAACAAACAGCAUAAUUACUAAGGAGUAAUUCCAACUUAUUAUUUGGCACUGGAGCCAAACAGCAACUCCAGCAUAGAGGAAAGUCACCUUUUUUUUAAAAAUGCAUACAUUUAAAAUACUUAUUUGCCUACAAUUUUAAAUUGGAGGUAUUUGUCAUUGUGAAAAGCUGGGGGUCUCUAGCAUAGCCAGCCUCAGCUGAAGAAAAUCUAAUACCAAUGGUGUUUCUGCCUACGUUCUGCAUACUUUAAAUCAUGAAAAGUUAGAGAAAAAUGUAGAGUAUAUUUUUAAAGAAAGUUAUAAAAAUCUAAACUUAUAUACCCAAUGUGAUUAUGAAUCAUCCUGCAAAGUUGUAUAAAGAAUUUCACCAAAAAUAAUAUGGAUUCAUAAUAUAAUUGAGACUCAACAGUGAUAGGUUCAAUUAUAUUUUGACUGUUGUGCAGUAAUGCCAUUUAGGUAGUAUUGUUUCUGAGCAUGGUGCUUUUUAUACUUGAAAUAUAUUUUUGCUUUAUUUUUUAUUGAUAUAAUUAUAUUUGCACUAAUGACUUUCUGAAGAAAAUAUUAUAGAUGACAUUUUUUCUAUAUAUAUAUAUUUGUUAAGCUUGGAAUCUGGUAGCCCAGUGUUUUCUCUGCACAAAUGUAGAACCUGGUAAAGUAUGAUGUUAAGAAAUCUUGAGUUUUUGAGGGUAACUAACAGUGCUGGCGUCUUCCUUCCUCUUCAACAAGUCUUGAAAGUGGUUGCUUAUCACUGAUUCUGCAUAGUAUACUCAGUGAAGAUUUAGAAGACCACUGAACCUGUAAGAAAUUUUAAGAGGCAUGGUUUAGUCCCUUAUAAUAUGAUAAAAUUCUAAAAUAAUAUUCUAAAAAGGAUUUUUAACAUCUGAAAUUUCAAUGCAGAAUUAGCAGGCUAGAAUUAAGUUUUGAACUGAAGAAUUUGAGAUGACCUAAAUUUCAAUAUCCUGUGGAAGGUAAUACCCUUUAUGUUCACAAAACCAGUUCACUGAGAAAGAGACCAUGCAGACUGCAGCCAUGGUGGGAGUGAGGUGGGGCAGGGAAGGGGAAUGGGGGUAGCUGAUUUGAGGAUAGUAGACUGAAGUUCCUUUCUGACUCAAAAGGGUCAAGUGCUUAUAAAAACUGACUACCUCAGUUUUCAGUUCAGACUUAGGUUCAUUUUGAUAGUAUUAAGGUCCCAAUGUCAAAAUUAACAAGUGAAUUUGUCUCUCAGGUUUUCAAGAACAGAAUUUACAGGAAGGAAGCAAAAGCCAUGUCGCUAGACUUGAGCUGAUAGCUUUAAAGAAACUGGAAAGCAGUUAGGUAGUCUUAAUGUAGAGCCCUCUGUAUUCUCCUGAAAAACAUCCUUUUCCCUUACUUAUUUCUUAAGGAUACUUAUUUUUGUUAAGAUCAACUAGGCAUUCUAAAAAUGUAAUAAAUUAUGCUUAAAAUUAGUUUCAGCCUAAUAUGUUGGUUUAGAGUUUAUCAAUAUUUGAAAGUGAAACAUUAGUGAAGUUUAAAUAGUUUUAGGAAGAUACAUAAAUAAGUAUAUCAGAGUAUUCCAUAAAAUUUUAUCAAUAUUCACUUCAGUAUCAGAAGACUCACUGAUUGAGACCAUCUGUAAAAUGAUUAGAUGCUUUCUCAGAAUCUUUCCAACUCUAAUAUUCUGUGACUAAUAUUCAUGAAUAUUCAGAAUAGUCUAAUAUUCUGCAUGACUAAUUCAUGCAGAAUUGCUAGGUCACUGCUGGCUCUGACUCACCUCCUGGAGUAUGCCAGCUUACACACCAUGUUCAUCGCAGUGUCCUGUGCUCAGAGCCUUAGCGCUGUCCUUGUACUUGGACACUGAAUGGAGAGAGAAGAGCCCGUUUCUGAGGGCAUUUGAGUAGUCCUGGCAGGAGGAGGUGGACUUCAGUCACAGCCCCACAGACCUGUUUCACAGUUGGCACCAGUCAUCCGUGCCAUGUCCCUGCAGCCCAAGAGGACUAACAUAUUUUAAUAAAGUCUGUGCUACUCGUUCUGAAGAAAGAACUUACCUGAAAGGAUGACCUUUUUUUUUUUUUUUGAUACAUUUAGUCAGGGUUGGGGAGGGAGUGGUGAAUUAUUUUCUUUUUGUUUACAUUUUUAAUAAAUAAAAUAGAUUUAAGAAUUGAUCUUUAUUUAUGGUAUUUAACUUUAAGUGUAAUAUAUUACUUAGA